GCGAGCGAGCAGACUUUCUCAAAAACUCCUUCCGUUCCGGUAAACCCCUCUCUAUUUCUGGGGAACUGCUCAAUUCAUUCCGAGGUUUCGUGUUCUCCAUCGCUAAAAUGCUACACCGAGGCCUUGUUAAUUGAUUCAAUGUCUAGUCAUCCCAAGGUCCCCUGACAAACAGCCCCCAGCACCCAGCCCCAGGUAUAUGAUAAAAUAACAAUAAAUGGAAAGGCCGCCUGCAGGCAGGGAGGUCAUGUUGGAUUGAGAGGGGGAGAGAGAGAGUGAGUGAGGGGAAAAACAAAGGAAUCCCAAUGCUCCUGUCUCAGUCCGUGCACCCGUUAUCUGCUUGGAUCCUCUCCCUCAGACGCGUCACAGGAGGAACUUAAGGAUGGUGGUGAGUCGAGUGACUCCAAUAUUCUUGCAGGAUAAAAGAAAAUAAAAAAAGCUACAGGCACGCCAACUCCAUAUCGGAUCUAAAACUUCUCUCUGUGCGAAGACCAAGCAAGUACGAGGGUAGCCUCUUCUAUUUCCCGUUGUUUCCUUCCUAGCUGCUUCUUAUAGCAGCAAUAUCAACAGUAGAAGUUCUUCUGGGAGUCCAUUGACAAGCUAGCUCCGCCUCCUCCUAUUGCAACGCACACUACUUGUGGCACAUCGUCCUCAUCCAUUGGAUCUCCUCAUCGUCGCUCAUCUACUGAACCGGCACAUCAGGACCUAUCUAUCUAUCAAACGGACGGGGAAGAUGGUGAGGAAGAGGGCGGCUUCAGAGAUUGAAGUUCAGUCAAGUGGACCGUACCACAGCAGGUUCAUCCGCCGAACAGCCACCCCGACGAAAAGCCCUCUCGUCGGCGCCCCCGACAAUAUGGGUUGUUCUUAUCUGGGUCCGGGUCUGCUGGUCGGUGGUAUUCAUUUGGAUGAUAAUCAGUCUAACUCACAUUCCACCCAGGGUCCCAACCACUCCACUAUCAUGAGUAUGACUGUGCUACGUUCUUCCGCGAACCCGAGUGUGACGUCAUCCGGGUCUGGGUCUGGGUCUGGGUUUUUCAACGCAUACCCAUCCUUCCUGGACCCCCUCUCGCCUUCUCCUCCCCAUCUUCGACAAGGACCUCCAUCCCAAUCCCAGUCCCAGGCCCCUUCCGUUUGUGUCUUCUCCGGUCUGCCCUUGUUUCCGCCCGAAAGAAGUCGAAACGCCGACAACUCAUCUCCAGUUGUGCUAUCUACCGCUGCUACGGUUGCUGUUUCACCCUUCAGUAAUAUCGGUGCUACUCCUGCCACCGUUGGUGCUUCUAAUUCCAUGGAGGACUCUGCGGCGACUGCAUGGAUUGAUGGCAUCAUAAAGGAUCUCAUCCACAGCUCCACCAACGUCUCGAUUCCUCAGCUCAUCCAGAACGUGAGGGAGAUCAUACACCCUUGCAACCCUAACCUUGCCAUCCUUCUCGAGUAUAGGCUCCGCUCUUUGACAGAUCCAGUUGUACCCAGUUACCCCUCCGAUGGUACAAGAAAGGAGGCGGAGUCUGGAGGAUUGCAGUGGCAACACCAACACCACUACAACCAGCAGCAAGAUCAGCAAGCCCAGGGGUCUUCUGCUGGGUUUAAACUCUAUCUUGACUCCGCUGGCGGCGGGGGAGUCGAAAACUUGACAUCUCCCCUUCCGGAUUCCGCCCCCCCUUCGCACCCGAUCAAUCCGUACCUGAACUGCGGCCUAAAACUACCGACGACCUCCAACGCUGUCAUCAGCCUAGGAAACUGUCAAGACCUAGCCCGCAACAAUCCGCCGACCAGCCCUUCUUCCCUUACACCGGCCAUCCUCUCGUCAUCGAAUCAAGUAGUUGAGCAGUCGCGGCAGUUACCUCCGUCUCAGACCCAGCAAGAAAAGCAACAGCAUAAUAAUCCUCCUCCAGCAGACCUUCCCGCAACUAGCACUGCGACUGCAGCAUCAACAUCGUCGACCGCAAUCGUCCUCACUCCCAGAGAUAUGAAAGAAGAAAUGCGAAAGCAAAGGAGGGACGAAGAAGGUCUGCACCUCCUGACCUUGUUACUCAAGUGUGCGGAGGCUGUAGCUGUGGACAAUUUUGAGGAGGCAAAUAAGAUGCUGCUUGAGAUCUCUCAACUGUCGACGCCUUUCGGCACGUCAGCACAGCGGGUGGCCGCUUACUUCUCGGAGGCCAUGUCGGCAAGGUUGGUGAAUUCUUGCUUGGGGAUAUACGCGACCCUGCCGGCGGUGCCGCAAAGCCACAGCCAGAAGAUGCUAUCUGCCUUCCAGGUGUUCAAUGGAAUCAGCCCCUUCGUGAAGUUCUCUCACUUCACGGCCAACCAAGCCAUAAAGGAGGCUUUUGAGAGGGAGGAGAGGGUGCACAUCAUAGACCUAGACAUCAUGCAAGGCCUGCAAUGGCCGGGUCUCUUCCACAUCCUGGCAUCCCGGCCCGGCGGACCUCCUUUCGUUCGCCUCACGGGCUUGGGCACCUCCAUGGAGGCCUUGGAGGCCACGGGGAAGCGCUUGUCCGAUUUUGCCGAUCAAUUGGGCCUUCCCUUUGAGUUUCUUCCUGUUGCCGACAGAGUUGGGAAUUUGGAUCCGGAGAGGCUGAACGUCAGCAAGAGGGAGGCUGUUGCCAUCCACUGGUUGCAACAUUCUUUCUACGACGUCACCGGCUCCGACACUCAUACGCUCUGGCUCUUGCAGAGAUUGGCACCGAAGGUUGUGACAGUGGUAGAACAGGAUCUUAGCCACGCGGGGUCAUUCUUGGGAAGGUUUGUGGAGGCAAUACACUACUACUCAGCAUUGUUCGAUUCGCUAGGGGCAAGCUAUGGGGAAGAGAGCGAGGAGAGGCAUGUGGUGGAGCAGCAACUGCUGUCGAGGGAGAUCCGGAAUGUUCUGGCGGUUGGGGGACCGUCCAGGAGCGGCGACGUCAAGUUCAACAACUGGAGGGAGAAGCUUCAGCAGUCUGGCUUCAAGGGGAUCUCACUCGCCGGGAAUGCUUUCUCGCAGGCUGCCCUCCUCCUCGGAAUGUUCCCAUCCGAUGGAUACACCCUGGUGGUGGAGGACAAUGGCACCCUCAAGCUUGGUUGGAAGGACCUUUGCUUGCUCACUGCUUCUGCCUGGAGGCCCAACAGUAGCCCCCCUCCGGCUCCUCCUCAUUUCGCAACCCAACCACCACCUCCACUCCUAAAUUCACUCACCAGCUGACCACCACCACCACCACCACCACCACAACCCAGACUCCAAUUACUACCAGGUGCUACUCUUGUCUUCUUCUUCUUCCUAAAUUUGUCUCUGCCUCCUGCAGCAGCACGCGCCUCCUUGCGACUGUUUCCUGACGCUUUCGUGAUUAGAUUCGAGAUAGCCCGUUUCCAAGGUUCUCUACGUGCGUCGUGUGCGUGGGCUUCCAACUUCACGGCUCAUAUCUGUUAUCUCCUUCAUCAUCAUGUAUGACCGAUCAUGUUCAAAUAUCAAGAGUGAAUUUACUUUUUAACUUUAGUUUAAAUAAUUUUAAAAUGUGAUUAUUUGAA